UCGUUUAUGAACGGAAAUCAACUUGUCACCGCAAAAUUGUUUAUGUUAUAUUUUCUCAGCUUGCUUUUGAGAUCAUAAACGGAAACUAAAUGAAGAACAAUGAGUGAAAAACUAAAAGAAUUGCGUGAACGUUCACAAAAGCGGAAAAAAUUACUGGCGCAAACUCUUGGCGUUUCGAGUGUAAGUGAGUUGAGACAUGCUUUAGGUGCUACAUUGGACGUGCCGGCGAAGAAGCAGGCUGUUCCGGGGCCCGGGAAUGAAGGAAAUGAGAAGCCAACAGCCAAAGAACAACCAGAUGAACUUGUUUACACUGACUCUUCUACAUUUCUUAAGGGUACUCAAUCAUCAAACCCUCACAAUGACUACUGCCAGCACUUUGUGGACACUGGUCAGAGGCCGCAGAACUUCAUCCGUGAUGUGGGCCUUGCAGACCGCUUCGAGGAGUAUCCCAAGCUGAGAGAACUCAUCAAGUUGAAGGAUGAUUUAAUUGCCCAGACUGCCACCCCACCUAUGUACUUGAAAUGCGACUUAAAGACAUUUGACCUGAAGCAAAUGGGUAACAAGUUCGACGUGAUCCUGGUGGAGCCGCCCCUGGGCGCGGGCUGGCGCUGGCAGGACGUACUGGCGCUAGACUUGCAGCAGAUUGCGCAGGCGCGCUCCUUCAUAUUCCUGUGGUGUGGUAGCUCUGAAGGUUUGGACAUGGGCAGAGAAUGCCUUAAGAAGUGGGGCUUCCGCCGAUGCGAGGACAUUUGCUGGAUUAAAACCAACAUUAAGAAUCCUGGGCAUUCCAAAAACCUAGAGCACAAUGCUGUCUUCCAGAGAACCAAGGAACACUGUCUCAUGGGUAUCAAGGGCACUGUCAGACGGUCAGUGGAUGGAGACUUCAUACAUGCCAAUGUGGAUAUAGACCUAAUCAUAUCUGAAGAUCCAGAGUUUGGAAGCACUGAGAAACCGAUAGAAAUAUUUCAUAUCAUGGAGCAUUUCUGUUUGGGGAGGAGAAGAGUCCACCUAUUCGGGCGCGACUCCACAAUCCGUCCGGGCUGGGUGACCAUCGGCCACGAGCUGACGAACUCGAACUUCAACGCGGAGCUGUACGCGUCGUACUUCGCGGAGGGCCGCGAGAGCACCGGCUGCACCGAGCGCAUCGAGGCGCUGCGGCCCAAGAGCCCGCCCAACACCAGCAAGGGGGCCCGCACCCGCGCGCGCGGCGGCUUCCGCGCCAGGGGCCGCGGCCGCCCCGCCAUGUAGGACGCCCACGGUAUGUUACACUACGCGAGCUAAUUAACAUACUGUGGAGCUAGGGCUUUUGUGACACACCAGUCUUCUGACUCGGUGACCUUUAUACGAACGAUAACGCUGACAGAAAUCGCUCUAAUGUAGACCCUACUUUUUGGUAAGUCACAUGGCCUUUGAGCGAGUCACUUGUUAUUGUUGGUGAGUUGAAAAGGUGUGGAUCGUAGACCAGCACUAAACAAAGGUUAUGAGUGCUUUUGUGUAACAUACAGUUUAUAAAUAAGCUUUCGUUGACUGCUUGAAAGCAGUUUAUUACUUGAGAGUUGUUGUUAUGAUAAAGCGUCUUAAAUGUAGUGUAAAAGGUCGUAAGUUUUGGCUAUUAAAAAUAAACUAUAAAUUAAAUAAAUCUAAAUUGUAUACUUUGACAAAUGAUUUGAUAGUAAAUUCUAUGUUAUCUCAAGUAUGGAAUCGAAUUAAAACUGUUGACUUUUGUAUGAUGGACAUACAAAUUGAAUAUUUUAUUAGAUAUGAAAUGUAUGUCAUACUCGAUUUAGACAUUGUUAUUCAUUGUCAUAUAUCAAUUUUAGGCUAGUAUAUAAUAAGCCCGUGUUAUAACUAUUAAGAUCCUGAUUGUUCUAAGCUUCUCUCUUAUCAAAGAGAAGCUAGAAGAGAGCUAUACAAAGUUGAUAGCGCCUUCUCUUUCAUAAUAACAAAUUGCUGGCUUUUCUUUUAAUAAAUCAUGUUGAUAUAUCACCCCCGAAAUUUGACCAGCCAUUGUUUACGCCAUCAUUAUUUUGAGCAAAAUUGUUAAUGAUAAUAGUUGCUAUUUUAUAUUUGGCCUAUUUACACCGCGAAGCUGGUGUGAAUUGUUGACAAAUCUCUGGACAAAUGUUUUGAACCAACAUACAUCAGGGUGUUUGACUAAUGUACGUAUCUAGUUUAUAAGGAUUACAAUGAGUAUUUUGUGUAUCGUGAUUAAUAAACACGUUUUUGAA